AUGAGUCACUUCCUCUGCUCUCCCAAUAAUCAGUCCCGCCCACCUGCUCAGCACCCCAACAUUGCCAAGGCUUCCCACAGUGCAAUCUCUGCCAGCUUUCGCCCUGAAUCUCUCGACUCAGGUGAGGGAAGAUGUUCACACUAGCUUCCUCCUCCCUCGUCAUUUGCAUACUACAUUCGACAUGCACAACCUGUAAUUCUUGAGGAGGGAAUUUUUAGAGGCUGGUUAAUAAAUAUCCUAUAUAUUGGCACCUGCACUCCUGCUGUUAGGAGAAUUCCUGGGUGAUGCCAUCACCUGUAAAACAGCAAAGUCUAAUGAGGAAGACUUCAUCUAGCACCCUCGUGUAUGGUUUACCCAUACCAUCACAAGGUAUAAUAUUUGAAGACAAACGUGGAAAAAUAUCAGCCCCUCUAUGGUGCAACUGCUGGAUUGGACUGGCUAGUUGAAUCUGGCCCCUAGACAUCAAUAUGGGAUCAGGUAAGCCUGUUUUUAUAUGCCUGUUGUCUUUGUCCAUGGAGUUUUCUUGGCAGGGAUACUGGAGUGGCUUGCCGGUUCCUGCUCCAGGUGGAUCACGUUUGGUCAAAACUCUCCAAUAUAUUUUUUUUAAUUAUGGUGCUGGAGGAGACUCUUGAGAGUCCCAUGGACUGCAAGAAGAUCAAACCUCUCCAUUCUUAAGGAAAUCAGCCCUGAGUGCUCACUGGAAGGACAGAUCCUGAAGCUGAGACUCCAAUACUUUGGCCACCUCAUGAGAAGAGAAGACUCCCUGGAAAAAACCCUGAUGUUGGGAAAGAUGGAUGGCACAAGGAGAAGGGGACGACAGAGGAUGAGAUGGUUGGACAGUGUUCUCGAAGCUACCAGCAUAAGUUUGACCAAACUACGGGAGGCAGUGGAAGACAGGAGUGCCUGGCGUGCUCUGGUCCAUGGGGUCAUGAAGAGUCGGACACGACUAAAUGACUAAACAACAACAAGCCUGUUUUUUAAAAUGCAGUCAAACCCAGAUCAAAACAUGCAGGUUUAUUGCACCAAUAUGUUGGGUUUGUGGUUUGCCAUAUGCCAAAAACAGAAAAAUUAGAACUCAAGAAAUCAAAAUCAAAAUACUUGCCUUAACACCAUAUGCUGGUAUGUACUGAUUGCAUAAUAACUCCUGGAGGUCUAUGGCAAAGAGCAGUGAGAAAUCAAAGCCCCACUCUGCCCUUUUGGCAGAAAGUGCAGUUUCAGGAGUUCAGAGUACAGCUUUUGCUGCUGCUUCUAGACUUAAAAAUAAAAUAAAAUACCUUGACGCAACCUUGACUGUAUUCUGGAUGGAAAAUUAGCCUGGGAACUUGCCUAGGGGUGCAUAAAGUGAUGCAACAGCAUAGAACAAAGGCGAAGAGGGAAUGCACAUUGUUCUGCUGAAGUUCUAGAAGCUCAAAGAGGGAAGUUUCUCUCCCUUUGCCCGGACGCAAGAUCAUGGGAUGACUUGGACAUGUAAAAAGAGCUAUUCCGUAUCAAACACAUAAUAGAGAGCUUCCAUAUCAGCUGUCAUCACCUUAGACACAACUGUUUUUUAACAGGCAUGUUCAAUUGUCAGUCACUGACUGAUAAGACAUGUACAUAUAUUUUUGGGGGGAGAUGCAAUGCAAAAGAGACCAUGUCCAUCUCGUGGCUGGACUGCAGUGGCCAGAGUCCUCUAGCCUGUAUUGUUUAACUCAGGGGUAGGCAAUGUAGUGCCUUCCAGAUGUUGCUGGACUACAGCUCCCAUCAUCCUUGACCAUUGGCUCUGCUGCCUGGGGCUGAUGGGAACUGGCAUCCAACAACAUCUGGAAGGCACAUGUUUGCUCCCCCUGGUCUAAUUAGUUGCAGCUUUCCAGCAGAGCUCUUUCUAGUCACCUGCCCUCUGGGGCUUUUCAUUGGAGAUGCCAGAGACUGAGCCAAGGAUCUCCUGCAUGAAUUCUGCCAGGGUCCUUUCAUGUGCCAGCCUAUGUGGAAGGGGGAAAGGAGAUUUCAGCAGAUGCAGAUUGCCCUACAGUGAUGAGAAAAACAGCGUAGGCUCAAAUUGCUUCUUUCGCACCAUUAUUAAUAGACACAGGAGUUCCUGUGUAUCUGGACACCUUAAGAAUGUGUGAAUCAGCCCAGGGUCUACAGCGUUUGGACCUGUAAAUCUUAAUUAUAAACGUUGUUCUAGGCUGGGGAAAGCUUGUAGUCCAGCUCAAGUCCUUGUUUCCUAUCCACAGGGGAGGUCGAUUAAUAACUUCCAGGAAUAGUCGAGUAAAAAUAAUUGGGACAGUCUGGAGAGCGGACUGUGUUUGGUUCUGGAGGGGAAAUGGUAAAGUUCUCGAAAAGCCUUCAGAACUUUAAAGUGGAAUAUUUAGUUUAUGAACUGGAAAAAGCCCUUGUUCAUUUCCCUUGCCAAUGUGCUGCUGGAAAUAUUUAUAGGUAUCAUGGAUGAACAAUCAGGAAAACAAUGAGCACAAGCUUCUCAUUUAUAACCAUUCUGCAUGGCCUAAUUAAGAAACAUUAAACAUUUAAACACCAGCCCACUUGAUUUGAGGCUGUCAUUAAAAAAAAAAAAGUUAGUAAGUAUGAUCUGUGAGCAUGCAAUCUGAACCUUACUCCCCCCCCGAUUUCUGAUACUUCUAAAUUCAUGAUAAUCCUGCCCCUGCUUCAGGUGAGAUGCCUAAUCUAUGGUGCUCCAAGGAUAUUGCCCAUUUUGAAGAAUGCUGGGACUGAGUCACCUUCAUGAGACCCCUUGACACAAAGAAUUUCAGUGGGCCUACACAAAAUUUGAGGAUAUAGCUGGGUCAGGUAUACAGAACUAUAUUUUUCAAGACCUACAUUAUUUUUAUGAUUGCUAGCUGUUCUAAAAUGUUUUAGACAUUGUUUUAAUGUUGUAACCUGCCCUGGGACCUUAUGAUGAAGGGUAGGUAAUAAAUAAAAUGGUGGCAGCAGCAACAAUGUAGUAUCUGGCUAAUACCCAGAAGAUUUUAACAACCUGACUGUAGUGGAAAUAAAACUAAUCCCUUCCCGCUUCUUCCUGCCUGCACCAAAGCCAACCAUUACAUACCAGUGCUGCCUUUUGCCUAACCUGAUAGGAGUCCUAGUGGCAUUCUUCUGUGGUUCAUCCUUGCAGCUUCCCCAGUGUGCUCAGGACCACAAUACCUCCAGGACUGCCUCUGCCCAUAUGAACCAACCCAGACCUGCAAUCAUCAUGCGAGGUCUUUCUUUGCGUGCUUCCUCCAUGAGAAGUCUGGAGGGUGGUGUCACAAACAUGGGCAUUUUCUGCAGUGACUCGCUGCUUGUGGAAUGCUCUCCCCAGGGAGGCUCACCCAACACCUUUGUUACAUACCUUUCGGUACCUGUCAAAAACUUCUCCCAGACCUUUGGCUAAUUAAACAAUCUAUGGGGUGGGUGGGUGGAAGUUACUGUUUUUGUUUGUCGCUGUAGUAUGUAUUUUUGUGGAUGGGGGUUUAUAUUGUAAACAGCCCUGUGAUCCUCAGGUGAAGGGCAGUAUAGAAAUUUAAUUAAUAUAUAUAUAUAUGAUAUAGUUGUUUUUCCUUCCAAUUACUCAUACCACAUUUGUCUUCGAUACCUGCCCACUUACUCUGUGACACUGCUAUGCACUGCUUAUAGGCUCAGUCUAGUCUUCACCUAGAUCCCCAUCCUGGUUUCCUUCUCUGUACUCAGGCCUUUUCCACACUUCCAGUCUCAUAGGCUCCACUCGCAUUCACUGCUUGCCACCUUUUCUCCCGAGGAAUGAUGCUUUGAUCAUCACGGCAUCCAACAAAAAGUCAGCUGCUAUGUGCUGGUUUCAUCCCUGCGCCUCUGAUCCUCCCCCACUAGCCACAUCUGAAUGCUCUCCACAUACCUUCACCUUUGUGGUUAGUGUUGGAAUUCAGUAAGACUUUAAUUGGACCGGCCUCAAAUUGCCCUCCUCUGCCAGAGACCUUAAGAUUUUAAACUCUCAUAUUUCUGGACUGAAUAUAAAGCAAUCUGUUGGAGGGCCAACCAAGCCCUGCUCAAUCAGGGAAGUUCUUUAAAAUAAUAAUAAUAAUAAUAAAUCAGUUACCAGUGGGGGAGAAAUUCAAUUCAGUUCACUUUUAAAGGCAAAUUUACAAAAUCAGUACCUUUCAAAACAAUCCAUGAACUGAAACAGCUAUCCUUCAAAAUUUGUAUGCCUCUGAAUUUUGCAAUGCAGUUCUCCAGCCAAGCAAUGUCCAUAACAAUGCAUAUACUAGGGCGAAGUAUGCAUAUAAAUGCAUAUAUUAGUGAAGACGACAUACAAAACCACAUUAUUGGGGGAAAUGGCUGAAGAGGCAUCUUUUGCCCUGGCAUUCACACAGGGUCAGUGCAGGAAAAGUUAGCUUUGUAUCAGGACAUCAGUCUUCAGUCUGAUUCCUGUUGCGGGCUCAGGAAAAGUGCUUACAAGGUUUUGGCAGUACCCAGAGCAGUGGCAGGCAGGCAGGCAGGCAGAUGAUGAGAGUUACUAGUGCAGGGUCUCUAGCCCAGAAGCCAAAUGCUUAGGAGCAGGUGGCCAAAGAAUCCAAGCUCAAAGGCCUUUGGCACAAGGAUUUCUCUGGGUCAAAUAUCAGUCUUCCUGGUCCCUCCCCAAGUCACGUGUCCUUUGAGCCCUUGAAAUGCAUGCAUGCCUUAGUUUCCUGCAAGGUCUUCUUAUCCCUAGUUAGCUGAUCAAAAGGUUCAUGGCCAUUCUGAUUACAGUGGUACCUCUGGAUGCAAACGAGAUCCGUUCUGGAGCCCCGUUUGCAUCCUGAAGCAAACGCAACCUGCGUCUGCACGAGUCGCAAUUCGCCGUUUCUGUGCAUGCGUGUGACAUCAUUUUGAGUGUCUGCGCAUGUGCGAGCGGCGAAACCCAGAAGUAAUGCGUUCCGUUACUUCCGGGUCGCCGCAGAGCACAACCCGAAAACGUUCAACCUGAAGCAACUUUAACCCGAGGUAUGACUGUACCAGGGUUUAGAGAAGCGCAUGCAGAAAAGAAUGCACGUUGAUGGAGUCAAGUAACAUUUAUUUCGGAGGGAUAGGAGAGGAAUGGUGUGUCUUGUUUCACAAAUGAGAAGUGACACUUCACGUAUAGAGGAAGAGCACUAAUCUAUAUCUUGGAGGCAAAGCUUCUCUCUGUUCCCUUGACUCCUUCCUUCAACUACAGCAUCCUUCUCUUAUUUCAGCAUAUCUUAACUGCACAGUGGCCUUUGCCAAUAUGCCUUCGAGGUACCAUGGAACUGUUGAGAAAGUGUUAGAAGAACAGGAUGCAUAGCUAAUUAAAGCGAAUCCCAGGCUUGUUCACCAACUCCCCCACCAGUUUUGAUGGGUCAAGGAGCCAGUGGUUAGUUUUCAAAAACAUCCAUCACCACAUCAGGUAUGUCUAGCCAUGUCUAAACAACACAAAGGGCACCUCUUGACUGUCCUACCUUGUAAAGGUGGGAGAACUUUUGCCUCUUCUUUAACAACAGGGAAGAGGUGUGUGUGUGUGUGUCUCCUCCCAUGUGUCAGUGUGAUUGGAUGCUGACCACAACAGUGCAAUAUUUCUUAUCAUCCCUCAUGUUGUGGGACCAUUCUGCCUCAGACUGCUGGAUCCUGUCCUAACCAAAGUGGUCUUCUUCCUUGCUCUCAGGGGGAAACCAUGCAGAAGAUGA